CUCGUGUACGUUUCUUUUUAGCUUGUUCUUUCUUUUAUUUAUAGUUGAGGUGAGUUUAGCAUUUUAGUAUUUCAGAGAGCACUUAAACGCAACAUAACAACGGACAGGGACGGAGGGACACGCUCGGGACGCUCCUAUGAUGCAGCAAAGGACCCGCCCUCCUCCUCCUGCACUUGUCAAAGGCCACCGAUCACAAAUUACAUCACAGUCGCGCCCACGGACGCAGACGCAAAUUGAUGCCUGGAGAAUCCGUCUCCUAAAUAAUAAAUAAAAUCACCGGACAUUUUUUUCCAUCUAACUUAACAGAGACAAUUAGUUACCACAAUGCUCCCUUUCAAGAGAACUUUUGAGAGCGAGAAGCACCAGCUGCAGGAGCUCAACAGCAGACUUGCCCAGUAUCUAUCCAGAACCAAGCAGCUGGAGCAAGAAAACGCGCAUCUCAUUGCUGAAAUAAAUAAACUGAGACAGGUGAGGACUACCGGAUGGGAAACUAAGUACAGGGCUGAGAUGCAGGACCUGCGGAGAAUGGUGGGGCAGCUGUCGUUUGAAAAGUCCCAGGCUGAGAUGGAGAGGGAGAAGCUAUGGCGGGAGUUGCAGAUGAUCCAGAGUCUGUGCAGCGAGCAGACCGAUGUGUGCCGGGACGUCAGUGGCGAACUAAAGAACUGUGAGAAGGAGCUUCAUCACGCUCACAAAACCAACAGCGAACUCCAGCAGCGGCUGCUGCAACUAGAAAACGAGUAUAAACGCUUAGAGGAUGCACACAGGGAAGAGGUGAGCCGCGUUUGCCGUCAGGUGGAGUCCCGAGUGGCACCCAUCAUCAGGCAAACUUAUCGUGGGCCUCCGGUGGUCUCCGUGGAAGAGGUGCAGGAGUAUGCCCACGGUAUGUCCGAAGGAUGGAUUCAGACCUUCGAAAUGUACCAGAAGACGGUAGAAGACAUGGAGCAGUCAAUUAAAGCGGACCAGGCAAUGCUGAACGAUCUACAGAGGGAAAAGAUGCUGUAUGCGUCCGAGUUGGACAAAUUACGCACGGAGGCAGAAAAACAAGGGCAGAUUCAAAUGCGACUUGAGGAGGAACUGAUGCACAUGCAGGAAAAAUUCCGUGUGGACUUCAGUCAGUAUCAGAUGACUAUUGAACAGCUGGAGCAUGAGAGGAAUGUGAUGGCUGACGUUAUAGCACAAAAAAUGAGAGAGCAUCAGCAGCUUCUCCAGGUGAAGAUGGAUCUGGGAAUGGAGGUUGCUGCUUACAGGGCUCUUCUGGAGGGUGAGAGAAUCGGUCUGCAAGAUGCUCAUAAGAGAGUGAAUCAACAUCAAAGAGAAAGAAUAAUAGAUAUCAAGAUGCCUGCCCAACGCUAUACUCCAAGAGCUUCCACCUUAACCACCAAACAGCACAUGGAUAUCAGGUACACGCCCUCGACUUCAAGCCUGAGAAGAUCCCCCAUGCCUUCCUCUGGGUCCAUAAGUCCGUCUAGAGUCAUCCCUAUUUCAGUUACAGGAAGAGCUCGCCAUCAGAGUCCGGCAUCCAGAAGGGAUAUGAUCUCAUUUAACAAAGCUCGGGCAGCUGCUUCUGCCUCUGCUACUACCAUUACCACCACCAGCACUACAACCAAAGAUAAGCAAGCAGGCCAUAGUGAAAACCAAGUCAGUCGGAGUGCACCAAAAAGAACAGCAGAAGAGCAGACCGUGAAACUCAUCUGGCUCCCACACACAGAGGGCCAGAUGAGUCCUGACAAGUCUUCUACUCCUGAUACCAAAUCAGUAAGAGUGGUGUCACCAUCAAUGAAGAGCCUAGUUACGGAAACCAAGACAGAAAGCAAAAAGUAUGUGUCAGAUGAAAAAGAAAAAGGCCCCGGUGUCGACGGUGAGGUCAAAGACAAAGGAAGAACAGAGUCUACAAUAGGCCCAGCUGAGAAAAAGAUAUUAGACUCUGUGUCUGUAGAAGAAAUAAUCGAGAAAGUGAUAAAACCAGCAGGUUUGGAAGCCAAGGUCUGUUCAUCAGGAGAUUCAAAAGUCAGAUAUCACGUGGAGAAAACUGAGCAGGAGGAUGGCACGACUAAAACACAGAUCGUGCUUGAGUCCAAAGUGGAGGAAGAGCUGGAUGUUUCUCAGGACUAUGCCCUGGAAGAACUGCUGAAACAAGGUGUGAAGAAAGUGUCACUAGAGGACAUCAAGGACACAGCAACAGGAAGCAUGGUCAAGAAUCUGCUGAGUGGCUUGCAGGGAGGAGAGGACUUACAAAAUAAGUCAGUCAAUGUGGAAAUCAUCGAGGAACCAGUGGAGUCUUACAGUGAUGAAGAAUUUGAGGCUGAGCAGAAGUCCGGGUUGACUUUUCAUGAGCCUUCGGCAUAUUUCCAAGUUGAGGAGCCAGAAAAUAUCCCUCAUGGCAUUCAAGAUAGCAGGGGUGAUGAUAAUGUGGUGAAAUCCAACACAGAUGAGCCACAGUUUGGAUCUGUACAAGUCCAAGAGGUCUCUAGAGAGAGUGAAUCUCCACAUUUCUCCCAUGAUCAAGAGUCUCAUGAAUAUUUUGUCUCCACACCAGAUGAAAAUCUUUCUGAAUCUGAGGAAGGUGGUGGGAUAACCUCAUAUGGCCAUUAUGGAAUUGUAGAUGAUCUGUCGGAUGAGAGGUAUUAUCAAGAUGAUGGCCUUCCCCAGAAAAAAGUGACUGUAGAAGAAAGUGAUGAAUAUGAGUUUAUGUCAGGUGACCGGUCGUUUGCCAAAGAGAGUUUUCCAGAGUGCAUAAUAGAAGAAGAGGUUCGGGUCUCACCUAUAGUGCAAGAGUCAGUGCUUGAGUACCUGAGAGAAGACUCUCUGGAGCCCAAAGAGCAGCUGAAAGGAGCUCUUGAGAAGCUACAAAGUUCAGUGUCGGGACCACUGAAAGAGGAGUUAGCUUUCCUCACCAAAGUGAGUAGUGAAAGUCCAGAGAAUGUGGCCGUCGAUGUCAAAAAAGUGGAACAGUCCACUGACAAUGGAACCAUGACUAUAGUUGCAGAGCUAAAUGUUUCUCAAACCCUGGAAGAAUCUGGGCUCCUGGAAGGAGAUGACCUAUCUGAAGAUCAGAUCAUGGCUGCGCUCAAGUCUUCUAACAUAGGGAUCGAGAAAGCCUUCCAAAGUGGGGCGGGAGGAGGAUACAGCAUUAGAGUUUCCAGAGAAGAUAAUGUUGCUCAUAGUGUGGAGUACGGCGACUUCAGCGACAAAGGAGAAUCUGCAUCUGAAAUCAGUGAGAAACAUUUUAAACUGGGGCCAUCAGACAAGUCAUUUGCCUUCCAGAUGGAUGUACACGGUGGCCAUGAUGAGGCUGCCUCAGAGCAAGAGCUGCAGCCUCCAGUCCUGGAGAUGCCAGUGAAGAUUUCACAGGAGAAAAGAAUCGCAACAGUUUACCUUGAAAGCCCUUCCAAUGACUAAGAACUAAAUCAAUUUUUUUUUUUUUCAACUGAAUAAUUUCCAGUGCAUUACGGUAUGUUUACUUAAACAUACAGAGCUUAUACUAAUGGUGAUUGCAGGAACUGUAUUCAUGCUAUUUUUCAAGCAAACAAGCAUACUUAGAAUACAUAAGACUAGAUUACCUAAAACAGAGUACUAUUGGGACAAAAAUAGCUAUUUAGUUAAAAGUAUCUGAUUUUCAUAUAUGAAUUUUUCUUUUUGCUAUUGACUGCAGAGAUCCCAUUACUAAAAUACUCCAUACUAACUACUGUGGACUAGAUUGUGUAAGGAUUGAAACAUCUACAUAUUGUAGCCAAUGCUGUGUGCUGUACUAGUAUGUUUGGCUUUUCAUAAGGUGCAGUUUGAACAUCCUUGAUUAUUCUCUUUAUAGUGCUCCAUUUUGUACUAACCUACACUUUACAGCUUAAGCAGCUCAUUCUACAGUUUACAGCAUAUAAUCCACCCAGCCAUCAUGUCGUGGCUGUACUUGCCAUGAUGUUAAGUCUCCUUGGUCAGCAUUUAUUGCUCUCCGGGUUACAAGGUGCUGUGCACUGUUUGCAGAGUAGGGCUUUAAUUUUUUAUGUUUUGAGCACCUCUACAAAAUGGAAUGAUGUUAGUACACAGCACAUGCUGGAACACAGUGGUUUAUAUUAACAAGUCAUUGCUAACAUGUGUACAAGACUGUUGACCUUGUGACUGAGGAUAAUAUCGUGAGAGUUUAAAAAAAAAAAAAAAAUAUCCGUUAGAAUUUGUCUUUACAAAGCUCUUGAAUGCAUAGCAAAGUUUGGUAUUGCUGGAUUAUUUAACCUCAUAAUGGCACAUUACAUAAUUUGAUUUCUUGGGGUUUCUAGGGACGGUGUGGUGGUUAGCACUGUUGCCUCACAGCAAGAAGUUCCAGAGUUUGACUCUACCAACUGGCUGGGGCCUUUCUGUGUGGAGUUGGCAUGUUAUGGCUUGUGUUUGCAUGGUGCUCCAGCUUCCUCCCACAGUCCAAAGACAUGCAAUUAUUGGGGUUAGGUUAACUGAUGAUUCUAAAUUGCCCAUGGGGGUAAAUGUGUAACUGUCCAAUGUGUAUCCUGCGUCUUGCCCUAUGACAGCUGGGAUAGGCUCCACCCCCCCCACCCAGAAGCAUGUUUUUAAAAAAUAAAACAAAAGGUCUAUUUUAACAUGUGUCAAACAUUUCUAAAUUGCAAACAGUUAAAAUUUUGUUUUGAGCAUGUAAUUGGGGGUAACACUGCAUUUGGAAUUGGUGCCAUUUAGAAUUCCAAACAUGGCUGUCAGGUUGAAAACAAUAUCCUGAUAAAACGAUUAAAGUAGCAGCAGAGGUGUUUUGCAUUAAAAGGAUGUAGCGGUGAUGAAAAUGUAAUCACACAUAGGUUUGAUCUUUGUCAUGUAUAGCACUUAUGGCUUGUCCACAGCUGUUGGCUUUCAGUGUUGGCUUGAAGGAUUCAACUUUGCUCUGACCUACAAGUGUGUUUAUAAUCGCACCUAUUUUUGGAUCAUCAGCUUAGCAUUGAGUGUUGACUAGAGUUUGUUGUGUUGUGUAUGCGUUACAGAGACAGAAAUGAAAUAGCAUGUGUACCGUCUGGUUAUAUGUUUUGCUUAUUUUCUCUAACAGCGGCUGUAUAAUUUACUUCUAACUACUGAAAAGUCUUUGCAAGUCGACUUUCUGGUAGGAUGGUAAAGCAAUCCAAAAAUACAACAUCUGGCAUGAAUGCCAUGCUUUUACAAAUAAAAUAAAUCAGAAGUCAUUAGCAAUCUACAAAAAGAACCCUUCAUUUCAUGGAUUUGUUGUGAUUUCAUCCUUAAACUCAAACACUACUAUAUCAGUGCACCUAAAGUGUUUGUUAUUAAUCUUCAUGCGGUUAUUAUCUUCAUUAGUGAAUGAGUGACUAAUACAGUGUUUAAUAAAGGUCAAAUGGAGAGACUGAAAUCAUUGAUUUAUUCUGAAUUCUAUUGAGAACAUUGCUUACGUUGGCAUUAAUUCCAGUCCUUAGAUGAAAACUGCCCCAAUAUUAUAACAUCAUUAAAAAUAUUAUGAGUA